ACAGGACCUGCGAUGAUGUCACCGUCAUGUGAUCAGUCACAUGGAGGAGGAGUCACAUGAUCAGGGGCUGCUGCUCUAGGCUCAUCUGCUCAGGGUAUGCAGGACUCUACUGUCACAUGACCAUCAUCACAGGUUCUUCAACUACAAUCUCUUCUACCCUGCACUGUUCAGCCCCGCCCACUACUGUCACAUGAUCCUCCCCACAGGUCCUUCAUCCACAGUCACUUAUUUACUGCUAAUCUUUGCCUCAAAAUGUUACUGGUCACAUGAUUGUGACAUCAUCACAGGUCCUACACCUCCAGCAUGUAGCAGAUACAGAUCAGGUCCUGGUGGAGCAGUCACUGCUGUUGUGUUGCGUGUGGAGAUCUCUCAGAGCAGCAGCCCCUGAUCAUGUGACUCCUCCUCCUUGUGACUGAUCACAUGACGGUGACAUCAUCGCAGGUCCUAUAAGCACACAGCUCCUCUACAGAUACAGGUUUCUCCAAUCCAGGAUCCUCUGCUGAUAUCUUCUAUAUAAGAGAAUUCUCCUGGAUGACCCAUCAACCAUGGAGAGAGACAGGAACAAGAUGGCCGACAGGAUCAUAAACCUCACCCUACAGAUACUCUUCCGGCUUACUGGAGAGAAUUACAUAGUAGUGAAGAAGUCCUCUAGUGGGUGCUGUCGGGGAAGAACCCUGAGCCCAAUCCCAGGGCUCCCACCUCACUCCCUGAUACAUGAGGAAAUGGAUGAACAGAAGAUUCUAGAACUCAUCAACAAGAUGAUGGAGCUGCUGACUGGAGAGGUUCCUAUAAGGUGUCAGGACGUAGCGGUCUUUUUCUCCAUGGAGGAGUGGGAGUAUGUAGAUGGACACAAGGAUCAGUACAAGGAUCAGGUCAUGAUGGAGGAUCAGCAGCCCCUCACAUCACCAGUCAGAUCCAGUAAGAGAUCAGCACCAGAGAGGUGUCCCCGUCCUCUUCUUCCACAGGAUGAUCAGCCAGAAGAUCCGAACAAUAUUAAUGCUCCAGAGACACAUGUGAGCGGUGAUGAGCAGUAUAAGGAGGACAUUCCUACAGGGAAAGAGAUCAUCUAUAUUAAUGCUACAGACAUAAGGGAAGAAGAAAAGACAGAUUUGAGUGGUGAUGAACAGUAUAAGGUGAACAUUCAAACAGAGAAAGAUCUAAUCUAUUUUAAUGCUACAUACAUAAAGGAAGAAGAAGAGACAGAUGUGAGCAGUGAUGAGCAGUAUAAGGAGGACAUUCCUACAGGGAUAGAUCUGAUCUAUAUUAAUACUACAGACAUAAAAGAAGAGACAGAUGUGAGCGGUGAUGAGCAGUAUAUGGAGGACAUUCCUACAGGUAACCGCCUAGAUUCUUGUACCAGGAGAUCAGAGGAGAAUCUUCUAUCUUCAGAUUAUAAAGCAGAUGAUGAUAUCACACAAGAUACAUAUGAAGAACAUUCCAUUAUCCCAGAUACACCCUCAGCCCUUCACAGCCAAGAUCUGUCAUCUCAUCCUUAUAUACAGGUCCUGUCUUCUCAGUCAUCACAGGAGGUUCAGCAAAAUAAAAGUCAUAGAAGGGGUGUUGGACAUCAGCAAGCUCAUACAGUAUAUAAACCAUAUUCAUGUUCAGAAUGUUGGAAAUGUUAUACUUCUAAAUUUGAUCUUGUUGUACAUCAAAGAACUCACACAGGAGAGAAGCCAUUUUCAUGCUCAGAAUGUGCAAAAUGUUUUACUUCUAAUUCAGGUCUUGUUCAACAUCAAAGAACUCACACAGAAGAGAAGCCGUUUUCAUGUUCAGAAUGUGGGAAAUGUUUUACUUUUAAAUCAAGUCUUGUUAGACAUCAAAUAACUCACACAGGAGAGAAGCCAUUUUCAUGUUCAGAAUGUGGGAAAUGUUUUACUCACAAAUCAACUCUUUAUAAACAUCAAAUAACUCACACAGGAGAGAAGCCAUUUUCAUGUACAGAAUGUGGUAAAUGUUAUACUGAGAAAGCAAAUCUUGUUUAUCAUCAAAGAACUCACACAGGGGAGAAGCCAUUCUCAUGUGCAGAGUGUGGAAAAUGUUUUGCUAAGAAAUCAAUUCUUGAUGAACAUAAACGAACUCACACAGGGGAGAAGCCAUUUCCAUGUGCAGAAUGUGGGAAAUGUUUUACUCAGCAAUCAAGUCUUGUUAAUCAUAAAAGAACUCACACAGGAGAGAAGCCAAUUCAGAGCAGUAAAUGAUGCAGAUAACACAUCUAUAUAUUAUCCAUGUACAUAGGAUAUCUGACAUUUAUACAUAUAUCAUAUACUGCAUCUCCAAACUUGUUCCCAAUUGUUAAUAAAAGUUUUCUU